CCACCUCUGCUAGGGUUUGUGAAAUCGUGACGCGAGCACUUGAAGAUUCGCGAAAGCCACCGCAACAACCUACCCGCCCGCAAGGCCGCAGCGAUGGCCACCGUCCACCCCCCAUCGCCGGCGGGCCCCACCGCCCCUCUUCCGCCGCAGGAGGAGGAGGAGGAGGAGGUGGAGCGACACGUGGGGGACGCCGUCCCGGACCCGCCCGCCGUCGUCUCCGGCGAACCCGACGCGGCCGGAGCGGAGGCGAGCGGCGGGGGCGGCGAGAUCGCCGCGCUCGACAAGCAGCUCGCCGUCGUCGUCGGCGGUGGCGGCGGCAGCGGCGAUGAGAGGAGGCUGGCCGGUGCCGGGGCCGUGGCCGGGGCCGUGGCUGCUAGCGCAGCCGCAGCAGGCGGGGGAGGGAAGCUGGUGGCGGAGGCCAUGCGCAAGUACGCCGCGCCGCGGUCGUCAAAGUUCCACGGCGUCACCAGGCUCAAGUGGAGUGGCAAGUACGAGGCGCACCUAUGGGACAACACCAGCCAGGUCAAGGGCCGCAAGCGCAAGGGCAAGCACGUGUACUUAGGCAGCUAUGUUAAUGAAGAGCAGGCUGCAAAGGCACAUGAUUUGGCUGCCCUUAAAUAUUGGGGCACAGGACCAAACACCAAAUUGAACUUCAAUAUUUCUGAUUAUGAGAAAGAAAUUGAGGUUAUGAAGACCAUGUCUCAAGAUGAAUUUGUGGCCUACAUAAGGAGGCAAAGCAGUUGUUUCUCAAGAGGUACUUCAUCAUACCGUGGUGUAACCAGACGCAAGGAUGGUAAAUGGCAAGCAAGAAUUGGUAGGAUUGGUGAGAGUAGAGACACCAAAGACAUUUAUCUUGGGACCUUUGAAACUGAAGAAGAGGCGGCAGAAGCUUAUGACCUAGCAGCAAUCGAGCUCCGUGGUGUUCAUGCUGUUACCAAUUUUGACAUUAGUAACUACUGUGAAGUUGGUUUGAGAAAACUAGAAGGUCCGUCAGAGGUGGUGAAUCUGGAAGGUCCAUCGGAGGUUAUGAAGCACGCUGGGCAAUAGAUCUAGAAUAGCAACAUGUAAAUUAGUUUUUAUUUCAUUUCUUUCGUCAUCAUAUUUUUCUCUCCUUUUGGUAUUCCUGGUACCUUUUCUUCCCCCUUUGGUGAGUUAUCUCCUUGCCGUCUUGUCAAGCCAGUAUUUAUCCGGCUCGAAAGGACAAUGUGAUGUUGUAAAGGCCUCACAGAAAGGUCUUAUUACUAACCUUUGAUGUCAGUUGUCACUGCAGAAGUCACAUUGUCGUUGCUGGUUGGGGCGGUGGUUCUUACCGUGCUUUUCAUGGACUUACACUACUGUUCAAGGAUAAACAUUCAUACUUUGAAAUGUUUUUUGACCAAA